UUUGAACAAAGAAACCUUACUUCCAUACUAGGAAAGUGUAACAGAAGGAAAUAAUUUGUCACAGAUUUUGUAAAUCUGUAAUUUGUAAUUUGUAAACAUGGUUGUGUCCCACCAUGCAGUGGCUCACAGUCUCACUUUGUACUCAGAGACUCGGUGCUGCAGGCUCUUGCCCAGCCACCCUUCUCUAUUAAUGUGUGAUCAUAAUGUAAUUUUCAUGUUCACUUUGAAUUUACCCUUGCAUUCCCUUCUCACGUGACCUGAUUGAGCCAGUCUCAUGUGUCAGUGUUUGGAUUAAGUCCAAGGUUUCUGUGUAACAGGGAGGCAAGUUUUGUAGGGAGGUCUACUGUAUUUUAUUAGACCAGCUGAUAUAGUUGAAAAACUUUUGGACUCACAAAUCCAGUAUAUCCUAGGGGGUAUGUAUAUAGAAAUGGUGUUAUUCUAUAGGAGGACAGACCUGCUUCUCCUUGGAUGGGACUGCUCUGUCAUGUUCACUGUGCAGGAGGUAGGACAGAUGGUAAAAUAAACCAGCCAGGACAUGGGUGUGAGGAAGGUGUGGAGUCGGGAGAAGAGCCACUCAUUCUCACCAACAGCUAAUGCCUGCCAAAGUGCUAUCCAAGUAAUCAGAAAUCUGCAUCUGUUCCCACACUGACUGCUUCAUGGAACAAAUAAUUGGCUAAACCUUCCUGACUAUCCACCCUUGUCCCAGUUUCAUGGAGGGAAGUAAUGGAUACAGAUUUUUUGCAACUCAUGGCAUGCAUCAUUUAUGAUUACACAAAUGUUGUUAACAGGUCCCUGGGACAAAGGAGAGACGAUGCUAAAGACAUUGUAUUCUUUCUUGCUGUGUUGGCUGUCCCUGGAGCUUGAGGCUAAUCCUGAUUUUAAAAUGAGGAUUACUCAGAAUGGGCUGGACUACGGCAGGAGGAUUGGCAUGGAGCUCCUGAAGCAAGCAGUAUUGAAAGAGACCUUUCCAAGCUGGAGUGGUCAGGAGAAUUUCUCAGUUGUUAAUGUCAACUAUGACAUUUCAAGGAAAAUGGUGAAAAUUUCUAUUCUCCUCUUAAGUUUGCUCAGUGGGCAACUCAAUGCCAACCCUGGACUCAAAGUGACGAUCACCAAGAAGGGAUUGGAAUAUGUCAAGGAGGUAGGGAUGGGAAUCCUGAAGCAGAGUAUGGAGAAGGAGCAUUUCCCUGAUUUGAGUGGCUAUGAGAAAACUGGGCUUGGUAAUGUCAAAUACAACAUCUCAAGAAUACAUGUCACUGCUGUUGAACUCCCUAGUGCUUCCAUCUUCAUACCUGGGACUGGGACAAAACUGAUAAUUGGAAAUGAUUCUUUAACCAUCAAUAUGAACUGGAACAUAAGGACCUGGAUGUUCAAAGACAGUGGAAGAAGCACAGUGUACAUUUCAAAAGUGUUUGUUGCUGCAAUCUUUUCAACAUCCCUGGAUAAUACAAGCCAUACAUCAAUAUCAUUUAUCAGCUGCCAGACAACUUCUGGUGAUACAGAUAUCAAGUUGAAUGGAAAAAGUGGCUUCCUGUAUAACUUCUUUAUCAAGUAUCUGAAGAAACCCAUUCACAGGAACUUGGUCACUAAUUCAUGUCCCAACAUCAGAUCUGGAAUCCAACUGAUAAAUGAGGACCUCCAAUCACUGAAUACUUUCCAUGCUUUUUGUAAUAUUGGGUAUUUUGCCUUAUCUACCACCCUUACAGUCCUAAUGCCAAUUUAUUUGGCUGAGGUAGGCUACUCCUUAAAGAGCUUGCCAGCAGUAUUCCAACCAUUCAUUGACCUGGACUUAAAGGUGAUAGUCUAUCCAGUUGGAAAGUAUACUGGCCUUCCCUAUGUGGCAGCUCCCUUCACUAUCCCAAACCAAAGCAACUCCAUGCUCUACCCUGCCUUCUCUGAGUAUUUCUUUCCGACCUCAUUUGCUUACUACGCUGCAGGGGCCUUCACCAUUGCAGAAGAGAUCUCGCUUCUGGAGAACGUUUUGUCUUACAUUUUACAGACUGAAGUCAUCCCAUUGGCUAAUAGUAAAAUGUCAAAAGGAUUCCCUCUGCUCAAUCUGGCUAAUGUUACCUUGACAAAGCCUCACAUUACAAUUGUACAGGGGUACAUGUUGAUUUCUAUUGACGUCCACUACAAACACUAAAGAAGAGAGACCAUUUGUUAAGCAUGAACUUCAAAUCAAUAAUGUGACUUUGAAGGCUAAACACUGUCCAGUUCUGCUGAAAUGUGUAACUUGGGCUCUGACAAGGGCAAUAUCAUCCUGGUUGGGGAUGAGGAGUGGUACAGGGAGGUGAAGAAAACUGACAGAAUGCUUAGGCUGUACAAUGGUGGUAACAAGCAGACCCAAAGAAGAACUUGACACAUGCUUGGCAUUAUUUAUUCUGGAGUUUAACUGAUGCAAAAAUGUUUUUAAGAUUAAUGCCUCUUUUGAAAUACAGCCUUGUCUAUACACUUCCAGAAAAGUGCUGCAGUCAAAGUACAUUGUCAAAAUGCUGCUAAAGCAGACAUGCCUACUCUUCUGUUUCUCCUGUAAUGAUCUUAAAUAACUUCUUUCUGAAGAUGAUGCACUAAGUAUGGAGUGAGAACCCUCCAGAACCACU